CCAAUACCCCCCAUAUCAGGAUCUCUCCAGCCCAGACCUGGAAACAUCCAAUCUCAGAAGCAUAGACAAGACAAAGACUGAACGAGUCCCCACGGAGAGCAUGCGGGCUCCGAGGGCGGCGCGGCCCCUGGCUCUGCUGCUCUUGUUGCUGCAGCCGCUGCAGUUUAAAUUUUUGCGUAUGCAUCUCGGCAAGUCAGAGGAAGAGACGGAAGAGUUUGAAGAUUACUUGGAGGAGCUGCUCAGGCCAGGACCUGCCAGACCUCUUACCAAAGAUGCUUUCCAACAACGUACGAUUAUCGAUCCCACAAGACCACUAACUGAUCCAGAGUACUGUACUGCGGAAAUGAAGAUGAAAAAUGUUCACAACAAGUUCCGUUGUGUCAGAGAACAUUUCUUCCUCCAAGUGGCAUAUGAGGAGUUGCAAAAGCUCUGUAAAAACAUAUUCGUGCCUUGCAAGAAUGGAGUUAAGAAAUGUCACAGGAGCAGGCAACUGAUAGAAGGGGUGUAUUGUAAUUUAACAAGAGGGGUUAGAAUGUCUGACUGUGAAUACGAGUCAUCUUAUAGGCAGGGCUAUGUCCUUAUCACUUGUCGAUGGCAAAACGACAUUCAAGAAAUUAUUCCUGCUUACGUAAAUGAUAUUAUGACUUUAGAUAAACAUGUCAAAGGUGGUAACAUCUUCUACAGUGAACUAGAGUGGCCGUUCUGAAGGAGUGUUCUCCAAAAAGUCACGAGAGGAGGCCUAACCCACUCCGUGCUUACUGAUCCUUGCAAGUUCAAAUUGAGAAUGGUCAUUGUGGUCCCAUUCAUUUGAAUCACCCACCUUCUUCCCUUCUUCCCUUCUUCCCCUAACACCAUGCAAAGGCGAGGUGGGCUAAGUUCAUCGAUGGCUCUCCGAGAUGUGGUUUCAAACAGGUCAAGUAAGUUAGCACCUUUUGAGUGUGUUAUGAGGAUGAACGGCUGCAGUGAAGGGAGAGCAGCUCCAGGAGGAACGGGAAAUGGUUGUCUGGAGUGUGCUCCUGAGUUGUAUUCACGGCAACCUCUAGUUCUGGAAAACUAAUAAAGUGCAUUG